AUGGGCCCAUUCAAAUUAACCUUGAGGAGUGGAACCUUGUUGUCACUUGUUCAGACUGGGUUCCUGGCCAGAAAAUGCAUCGAAGAAAAGAAAACGACACCUGCAGGAGAAUACAAUGUGGCAGAUGUUGCAGAUGCUGCAGAUGUUGUAGAUGCUGCAGCUGCAGAACUCGGAGGAUACCAAGCUAUUGCACUGCGGCGGAGAACCAAAGAGCAAAAUAAACAAAUCCCCUCACCAAUUAAAUCAUCAACUGCACACGGAGUACUGCAUAAGAGGUAG